CCUGUUCAUAAUCAUGAUGAUAAUUAUAUGAUAUAAUUAUAUAAUAAUAAUAAUAAUAAUAAUAAUAGACUGCACAGUGGUGUAGUGGUUAGCACUGUUGCCCCACAGCAAGAAGGUCCUGGGUUCGAGCUGCGUGGCCGGCAAGGGCCUUUCUGUGUGGAGUUAAACUGCUCACCUUGAAUUCCAUUUGGCCAUUAAUGGGGUGCUGAGUCAUUAUAACAUCUCAUGGGUCAAGUUCUCUGAAACUGUCUGUUUAUACCACACUGCUGCCGUGUCGCAAUAUGGGUCUAUAUAUUUUCCUGCUUUUUUGUCCUUGGCCAAUCACAUCCCUGAAAGAUCUGGCAACGUUGCCGUUGUGAAGUCGUCUGGAUGAGUAGAACGGAUUUGUUUAUGAUGACGUCACAACCACAUGACUGUGAGUGCUUCACGCCGGGUAGAAGUGUAACGAACUCGAUGCGAGUUGUCAACAAAUCCUAUAACUUGGUUCAUGAAACGCGCUUACAAAAUACUUUCACUGUGAAUAUUUGUGUAAUGGUGCAAAGUGAGAGAGAGAGAGAGAGAGAGAGAGAGAGAAUAGCCCUUAGGGCAGAGUCAAUCCCGCCAGCAAAAAUAGGGGAAAAAAGGAGCGAUCUCACCUCCUCAGAUGUUGGUUUAAGUCCUACAAUACAUUCCUCAAAAAGGGCAUAGAAGAACAAAUUAAUCCAUCAAUGUGUAGCAUUCAAUUUAUUCCGGACCAUUAAAGACGCCGCCUUCCGCGUAGAAUCAUACGUCAUCCUCGCCGCCAUAUUGGAUGGGUCAAAGCGGAGAAUAAAGAUGCCUCAUUCAUGUGCUGCGUUUAACUGUACCAACAUGUUUACCGUCCAAACGAGAUCACAUGGGAUUACCUUUCACAGGUGAGACUGGAAAAAUACUUUUCAUUGUAUUUGGUCAUUAUAAUGUAAUUUUACGAACAGAUUUUUCUGACUUUGUGGCUAGUAUGAAGUCUCGCGCAUAAUAGUUUAUGCGCAUGCGUCCUUACUUCUAUUGUUCUGGUGUCUCCGAAGGGACCGUCUUACAGCGCCCCUAGAGGUGUGGCAUGUGUAUUGCAUCGUUUUCAGCAAGCGUUGCGUUGCCAUAUGGACCUGAUAUUUUACUGAUCGUUGCCCAUUUGGACGCGAUAUUUUUUAAAUAACAUCUCGUUGCCGUUGUCGUGUGGAUGUAGCCUUAGUUUGACUGUUCACUUUAUAAGUGACGACUGGAUGUUGCAAAGUCAUUGUCUGCAAACGGGCUUUUUCCCCGAUGAUCACACUGGCGAGAUACUAGCAGCAGGCUUGCAAGAGGCACUUGAUUCGUGGGGGCUGUUGGAGCACAGAUUAGUGGCGAUUACAACAGACAGUGGAGCCAACAUCGUAAAGGCUGUGGAGCUGAAUAGUUGGACAAGACUCCAGUGCUUCGGUCACAGACUUCACAUUGCCAUUGAGAGAGCUAUGAAAGAUGACCGUAUACAGCGCGCAGUUGGAGUCUGCAAAAAAAUUGUGGCAGCCUUUCCAUACUCCUGGAAAAAAAGGAGGGACCUGGCCAUCGUACAGGAGGAACUGGGUCUUCCAAAACACCAGCUCACAACAGAGACGCCCACCAGGUGGGGAUCAUGCCAAAUGAUGAUACAAAGAGUACUGGAGCAGGAGAGAGCCAUCAGUCAGUUUCUAACGGCUGACAGGAAAACAAGGAAUUUGAUCCUCAGGUGGCAAGAUGUGGAGGCCCUGGAGGCUGUCAACAAGGUGUUGAACCCACUCCAGGACCUCACAGAUGCCUUAUCUGGAGAGCACUAUGUCAGCGUGUCGUACGUAAAGCCAGUACUUCAUCUGUUCAACAAUACCAUUCUUGCUGAGGAAGAGGGGGACACUCAGUUGGUCAAGGAUGUGAAGAGAAACAUUCUAGUCUACUUGAACGAGAAAUACUCAGAUCCACACACAGAUGACCUGCUCGAUAUCGCAUCUUUCCUUGAUCCACGAUUCAGAACCAACUACUCAAAGAAAGAAAAUGUGGAAGACAUCAUUUGCAGAGCAGUGGAAGAAAUCAAGUCAUUCGAGGAUCAACAACAAGACCCUCUCACAGGGCCUUCUGGUGCUGCAGCAGCUGCUGCAGAAGGGCCUGUUGGUCCACCUGAAGAGAAGAGAAAGAAGUUCUUGUCCAGCUUCUUCAAAAAGCAGUUUGCCGGCAACAUGGGCUGCAGCACAGUAACCCUAACCCCCGAGGAAAGCAUCAGGAUGGAGCUGAGAGCCUACUUGCACACCACAGAGGUUGACAGUGAUGCUGAUCCUUUGCAGUGGUGGAGAUGCCAUAAGGCAAACUUUCCCCGUGUUGCAAAACUAGCUCAACGGUAUUUAUGCAUACCUGCCACAAGUGCUCCAUCCGAGAGAGUGUUCAGCACUGGUGGCAAUAUUGUCACAUGCCAUAGAGCUGCACUCAAACCAGAUGCUGUGGACCAUCUGGUCUUCCUUGCUCAAAAUUUGUGAUGGCUGAAAUGCCUAAUUUAUGGAGCUUGUCCAUACAGUGGAAAUGUGUGUAUUAUUUCUAUGCUACAGGAUAAGCCUGCAAGCUCAGUUGCACUUUCUGUUAGUUUUGAUACUUGAAUGUGGUGUUACUUACUUAGCCUGCACCACGGCCUUUAAGUUUACUUAUUGUUUGUUUAAAUGUGUGUAUUGUUUCUAUAGUACAGAAUAAGCCUGCCAGCCAAGUUGCGCUUAUGUUUUUGAUAUUUGAAUACAGUGCACUGCUCCUGGAUUCGAGCAAUACUAUUACUUAUGCAAGUUGCAUACUUUUUGUUUACUUUUAUUAUUUGUUUAAAUGUGUGUAGGCUUACACACCUCAAUUUGAAGAAAAGUCUGUAUGGAUGCAACUUGUUUAAGAAGGUGUGGUUGUUUAAGAAGUCUUCACUUUGCAGUCACAGGGGACACAUCUCUUACAUUGCAGUCAGCUUUAAAUGAUGUUUUCAAGUUGCACAAUAAAGAAUUCUGUAUUUUGA